AUUUGCAUGUAUUUUUGAUGAUGUAAACAUACAAUGGCGGCUUCUUGAUCGACUAUUUUGCUGUAGGCCAGUUGAGUAUCCUAAAUGGCACCUUAGAAGAACAAAAAUAGCUUUUAAGCUCUCUCUUCAGUAAAAUGCUGUUCAGUAGCAUAUUCUGAAAGCCAAAUGCGAACGAUUUGUUUGUAAUGAUGUUGUGAUGGCGGAGGUUGGUGCGUCACAUUCGAAAAAGGAGGCAACGAAGGCAAAAAAUAUUUUGCCUGCUGAUCUUCAGUUUGAGAGUACCCGGUCAGAGCAAAACAGAUGCGAAAAGUGUCGACGAAAACCUUCCGUCUACAUUUGUAUCGAUUGCGGUGGUAUUGGUAUCUGCAAAGAUUGUGAAAGUGUGAUGCAUAGUGGGGCAAUGUCGAAGAGUAAGAAGAAACAUCGCACAAAGGACCUGUCCACCUCAAAAGCUGGAGAUGCGAAACCAAAUGGAUUUCUGGAGGAGCAGUUGAUUGAUUUUAGUCUAAAUGAUGAUGAAGACAUAGCAACAAAAGAAACUGUUCAAACUUCUACAGAGGAAAGCUUUCUUUUGGUGGAUGGAAGCGAGAAGCUCCAGGUGCAUUCAGCAGAUGAAUUUGUUAGAAAAUUGAAAUGUGAAGCUAAUGUACGGGUGAAAGUUGUGUCAAUUUUUGGAAAUACUGGAGAUGGUAAAUCGCAUACACUGAACCACACCUUCUUCAAGGGAAAGGAAAUAUUCAGCACCUCUUCUUCACAAGAGUCUUGUACAGUUGGUGUCUGGGCAUCAUUUGAUAAAACUCAUAAUGCACUCAUCGUUGACACUGAAGGAUUAUUGGGUAUCUCAGAAAAUGUGAACAAGCGUAUGAGACUGCUUUUGAAAAUUCUAGCUUUAUCUGAUGUUGUUAUUUAUAGGACUAGAGCUGAGAGACUUCAUAUGGUGUUUACAUUUAUUGGUGAUGCAUCAGAGGCAUACUCUAAGCAUUUCAGCAAGGAUUUAAAAAAUGUUAAAGAGAGGAUAAAAACAGAUCUUUCACUUUGUAGUCUAGGCCCUGCAGUUAUAAUUUUCCAAGAAACACAUUAUACAAAGCCACUCGGAGAAGAAGUACAUACCAAUGGAGAGAUAUCAAUUCGUUCUCCUGAGGAUAUUUUACGAGAAAAUUUUGAUAAUGUCAACAGAGAUCCCCAUGCUUUUAGCUCCAUGACAUAUCUUGGUACUCAGACAGUUACACCUCCCACAGAUUUUACUGGUUUGUUGCAGUCAGUUGAGAUGCAUUUGAGAAAUACUUCUGUCAGAUCAGCAAGAUCUUUACCUGUCAUCUACAACGCUCUUGUGUUGCUGAAUGAGAAGUUUGCUGGUGAUAUUGAUCAUGCCAUCCCAAGUAGUUUCCCAGAUGAAUAUUUCACUUGCUCAGCAAAAUGCCAAUCUUGCAAUUCAAGAUGCGAACGUAGCAUGAGCCACGAGAGAGAUGGACAGAAGCACAGCUCAAAUCCUAGAUGCAAGUAUCAAGCUCAAUUCGACAAUCGAGUUUUUCUCUGCAGGGUGUGUUACGAAAGAGGAGUCGAGUCUGUCGUUAUUCCAAAGACAUCAGAGUCGGCUGACUCCGCUUGGUACGGGCUUGCGAAAUAUGCAUGGGCGGGCUACGUCCUCGAAUGCCCGGAAUGCGGUGUCAUAUACCGAAGUAGACAGUUUUGGUAUGGGAAUAGGGACCCUAUGGAGACUGCUGUGAGGGCAGAGAUUCGGCAUGUUUGGCCAGGGACACGCAUCAUGCAGGGCAGUCAUAAUGCGGUUCGUCGAAUUAUCGAUGGCAUGCACACGUUUGCUGAAAAGAUAGGUCAUGUAGGCGCGAAACCAACGAAGGUAGUGUCGAACUGGGUGACCGAUAAGGUUGCGCCAUCGUAUUGGGUUCCUAACUAUCAGAUUCUGGAAUGUUUCAGCUGUGGCAAAGACUUCGGUGAAUUCGACAAGAAACACCACUGCCGUGCUUGUGGACAAGGUUUUUGUGACGAAUGUACAACAAAACGAGUUCCUGUACCAGAACGAGGCUGGGGUGAUGAGCCUGUUAGGGUGUGUGAUGAAUGUGCUAAGAAGUACGAGGCUGUCAAUAAGCUGUUUCUAAAGGAAAAGUCUUUAGAUUUGAAUGCUCUAAUGGAAGCAAUCAACGAUGACCCCGAGUUAGAAACUGGAGAGCUGGUAGCCGUGAAGACAAGUGAAAAUAUCCCUGUUCAGUAUCCUCCCGAAGUUCUCACCAAUCGCAAGCUGACAGAGAGUCUGCAGUCCACGGUUUCAUUCAUCUCAAGCACUUUGGAGUACCCUAAAGAAUAUGUCGUUGACGUGUUGGCCAGGCCAUCUUAUUGGGUUCCAGACUCUGAAAUCAAAGCCUGCUUUUGUUGCGGAGAAACUUUCAAGGCAUCAGCCUCUAAGCAUCAUUGCCGAUCAUGCGGGCAAGGCUUUUGUGAUAGCUGCUCUCAAGAGAGGCUGCCUGUGCCGUCCAGAGGUUGGGAUUACCCGGUUAGAGUGUGCAAGCUCUGUGCUGAAAAGAAGGGACCUCUUUAACAAAAAAAUCUGUAAAAUUUUGUGAUUGAUAUAUAAGUUGUUCUUUGCAUCUAGUUAGGUGAUGUUUGAAUAUAUCUACAGUAUUUUUACGUUUAGAAUAAACCCGCCACGAGACUUGUGGUAUCUAUGUCAGCGUUACUAGGACACUUAAUCUCUGAUAGGCAACAAUUUGCAAUGAGCCAUCUCUUCAGUUUACGGUUUAAUUAAAAAGCAAAUAGUUCGUAAAUGGCCCCUAGUGUAUGAAUGUUUGACUAGUCUAGCUCGGCGCAGAUUCGUUCGUGGAAAUUCCCUCUUACAUACUGUCUCUUUGUUUCAUUCAUCAUCAUCGUCAAUCGCUGUCUCUGGCUGCGGCAGAAUACGCACUAACGUGUGAUAGCUGCUUCCACAGUUCUCUAUCUUUAACGAGGGUGUUCAGGGAAAUUGUGUCGAGUUCUGUCCAUGCUUUGAUGUUAUCUCUCCAUCUUUUAUAUGGUCGUCCUCUGUUUGUUUCAUUUAAUGUUGGACCUAUUUGUUAUUUUUGGUUUUCUGUGUUUUUCAAUAAUCACGUGGUUUUUUCUUCUUGUGCUAGUUUUCGAUUUUAAGAUGUUAACGGAUAGACGAAUAUAAUUUAUUUCCCGUACAUUUUCUUUUAAACAAUGCUUAGGUCUGUAAAGCCUUAACUCUCGUACGCAGUUAAAUUAUUUCCAUUUGUAUUCUACUUUAAAUUUUUUCAAUUUUGAACGUUUCUCUGUCAUAAAAGUCCAGUUAUACUUCGCCUGAAAGCUACGAAUUCAGUAUGAAAUAUUAUAAGUUUGGACUCCGGCAAACAAUUUCCACUGUGUUGCUAUUUUUAUGGUUCUUCUUCGAUUUUUAAAAGCCUUAUCGAAUUCUUUCAUUAUUGAAAUGUUGACUGCGAAUAAGCAGAAUUUCCACUGCUUCUUGAACAAUGAAAAAAUCAAGUUAAAUUUUGUGUAUCAUAUGUAGUCAUCAAAUUCUUUGUAAUAUGUCAAAAGCUCUCCGUUUAUAGCCAAUCGUUAUUUUACAUUAUCUUGAGUAAUUUUCAGCUGUCAUGCUCGUUAUGAAUUUAUAAAUAUAUUUGAGAUUUUAAUUGGAUGAAUGUAAUGAUUGUAACAUUG